ACAUUAUAUUAAUAAUAUAUAAUAAUUACAAUAUAUAUAUAUAUAUAUAUAUAUAUAUAUAUAUAAAUUUAGAUAUAUUGAUAAUCAAAACUUACGUAACUGUGACAUAAUUCGAUGACCAUUCAUUCCUAAAUUCAUUAGCAGAUAUGUGAAUAAUAUGAUUACAUAAGAAAUAUUCUGGUACUACCGUUUUUUGCGCAUUUCCUAUAAUUUAUGAAAGAGAAAAUAAUAAUUUACUAUAAAGUUUAUAAAAGACAUUGCUAUCCCUAAGAAAUUUAUUAAUUAUGUUUGCAACUGAUAUAAAACAUUUAAUCACUGUUAAAUGUAACGCAAAUAUUCGAAUAUAAAAAAAAUAUAUGUAUACAUUAUUGAACACAAUUGACAUUGUCGUAUAUAUUUUCCUUGGAUAGAUCAGAUAUCUUCCUUUAUCAAAAUCCAAAUCCAAAGUCCUUGCGAUUCGCUACUAUGGCAAUGUUUGAUCAAUAUUACAAUGUUGGCUAGUUAUUGACAGUUAUAUUCUUUGACAGCUACCUGAUACUUGUGGCUUUUCAAGUAUAAAGCAAACCUGACAUACGAUAAACUGCGAUAAAAUUAUGGCUGCAAUGCGAGUUGUGAAUACGAACAUGAGACGUCGUAAGAUAUAUAUGUCAUAUAAUUUUAACAGCUGUGCGAAAAUUAACAAUCUUUUAAUCAUGCACUAGCGGACCGUGCUUACACAGUAUGCAGUGGCAAUCGUUUUAAAUCAAAUAAUCAGAAAGUUGAUCUAUUUGUAAGUAUUUUUUAAUAAAAUAUAUAUUCGUAAUUUAAAAUGAAUACUAGUAAUAUUUUCAUUUUUCUUAAAUUAUUAAAUCCAUUACUAUUUAUAUCUCUCUCUUUAGCGGACCUGCAUGUGUGAGCACUCUGAUUCUGCAGAUGAUAGAAUUGAUAUUUUAAGAAAGUACAAGUUGUGUAGUUAUUCUUCAAACCGUGGUUCUCGAAUGUACAGAGAAAUGGCUGUGCGAAGUAAAACAAUUGAGAUCACGGACGAGGACAUGUAUGAACAUUUUGGAGGACCGAUAGUACCAAAUAUACAGAUUAACAUUUCCACCUGUGUAGGAGACAAAGUUCUAAACGAAAUUCUACGAAAUGCAGAGAGGAAAUGUUAUAUGGCUGAACCAAAAUCAGAAUCAUACAAAAACGCACAAGUACAAACAGAUUAUAGAGAGAGCGAAACGCAAACCGAACCGUGGGAGCCACCGUACAAGAUUGUUCGAGGUCACAAUCCCGAAGUAUUGACACUGCCUCAUCUAACUUGGAAGCAUGGAUUACCCGCAGGUGUCCAUGAAGUGCACGUCAUCAACAGAAUGCGAAUGAAAAAAGCUUGGGAGACUAUCCUCCCGCCGAUGGAUUCGCCGGCCAAUAUAAAGAUAAGAAAUUCGAUAAUAACAGCUUUAGAAAUAGACGAGUGGGCAUUUCGGGAAUCGGAAAUCCAAUUAAUAAUGAAUUUGCGAUUAAAACUGAUGAGGAAUCUCUUGGAAAGCCGCGAAUCGAAAUAUAAGAAGAAGGUGCAAGAUCGUUUCGCUAGGCUUGAGCAGAGAUUGGGGAAACGUAGGGACGACCAAGUGAAGAUUAUUCAGCAGAAUCUUAAGCGGGAUUUACGAAAAUUAUGUACCAAGUAUCGCGAUAAGCAGCGUCCUCGAAGCAAAUUCGAUAUAAUCGAGCGAUACGCCGAUUCGAAAUCUGAGCUGUACGCGUUGCAAACGCAUUCCGGCGAACAUGAAACAUUACAGGGCUCUCUAAGUAAGGGCUUUGCCGAGCGAGAAGAUGUAACACCCAGUCCUUUACCGAUGAUCGGAGGAUCGAAGCUGAUGAAACACAAGCCCAAAUCAGUCGACAUCUGUAUACGAGAGACUAGAUGGACAGGAGAGAAACUGAAACAACUUCAUUCUGACCUAAAGGCGAUCCGGAUGAAAGUUAAAUCCGCAGACACGAUUCCAAAACUAAUGAAACGUGCUUUCAAGCUGCCAGCUUUGCCAGUUACUCCACGCAGAUCGAGCGUGUGGAACGACAAAGAGAAACAACGAGAGGAGUCCGCCAGAUUUAUUCAGAAGCUCGUCAGAGGCAGAGCGAUACAACGUUUGAUGUACAAAGGACGUGAGAGAUGCAGGGAGUUAAUCGAAGAACUACAGUCGACUCAAGCACUCGAUCGACAGAGUGAAGAAGAGUGCCGCGACAAGAAGAUACGUACGAUCGAACUGCAACAAUUGCGGAAUAAUCAAUCAAUGCAAGAAGACCGUUUAUGCGAGAUUCUCAAUUCUUUGGAAGGAGGGACAGUCUGCGGCACGUUGGAUUUCCUUAGCAAGGAGUUGGUGAGAUUGGAAGACGAACGUAGGGCCCAUGCCUCUGCUCUACUCGCCGAGAGAGAAAGAUGCAUGAGGGAAGCCGCUGAAGCUGGCAGGCGACAACUGGAACGCAAUCGACGACGAGAAUUUGACGAGAUGUUCAAACAAAUCGUGAAGGUGAAUCAAGACUCCGUAGAAGCUUACUUGGAAGACGUUAUAAACGAAGGCAUUGAUUGGAUGUCUGAUAAGGCGGCUAAAGAGCACAUCCUAGAGCUUUGUGACGAAAUGGAUGCCGUAUCGAAAGAUGCCUCGGAAGGGUAAGACAGAAUGAUGACAAUGAUAACCACGGGUGAAUCAGCAGAGCAAGAAUUAGUAGCGGAUAUAAUCCACAAUUUCGUUUUGCCGGAAGUAGAAAAGCACGAUACGAGAAGAAAAAUUCGCGAUCGGGAGCAAAGUUACACGCGAAAUGCACAUGCAUCGAUUUACGAACAGAUUUUGGAUUUGCCGUCCGUUGAAUCGUCACAAGUUACAGUUCAAGAAGUUUGUAUAAGAAAUGAGGACAUGCAAGCGAUUUCUGUGAACGAUACGGAACAAGUUUCCGAAUCGGAAGAAGCAGAAUCCUUGACGCGUGAAACAGAAAGUACAGAAAUUGUCUGCAGCAUAUUAAACACUAUCGUAGCAAACGUGGUGAAAAUUACGAUUAUGUGAAUGCAAAACUGAGUAAGUAUCUUAAUGCUUUAAAUCGAGCUACAUAAAAUAUUCUUAUUGCACGUAAAUCAACUUUACAUCUCACGCAAUUAAAUUUGACACAUUACUACUUCUCUAAUGAUAGCCAGUUAUAUAAUAUCUAUAUUUAUGCUAGAGUAAUAUAUUUCAUACGUCUUAUACAUACCCUUUUAUUUGGAUCUUAAAUGUGUCUUUUUUAAAAAAAGUCAUGAAAUGUAAAUUGUGAAUGAUUUGUGCAGAUUCAUGGUAUAAAAUGCUAAAUUAAGUGUGUAUCGUUUAGCAUUUAAUAUUACAGUCUUUCGUAUCUUAAUCCAAUAUCGUGUAUAACUUUUACACGUAACUGUAGCAAAAUCAAUUAGAAAUAAAAAUAAUGUCAU